GAGUGAAAACAGAGUAAAUCCAAUAGAAAAAGUGCUCUCACUUUCACAAUUUUGGAUGAUCCCAUGCAUUUCUCCCGUGGAAUCUCUCUUUGGAAUUUGCUUCCUUAGUUUCUCUCUCCCUCUCCCUCUAACUCUCUUUCUCAUCUUUCCCACUCUAUAAAUUCUCUCUAAAGUUUCCAAGUACAACCAUCAUCACUUCAAAAAUGGCUUCUUCUCUGCCUACUACCCAACUGGUGUCGACGUUUGUGACCAGCAAAAUAUUACGGCCAUCUCUAUUCUUUUCCUUCCCAUGUUCUUCCAGUGCUCGUUCUAUCGGUGGUGGUGUCCGAAAUAACCGAGACAACAUCCCUCUUCUGUGUUCUACUUACAAUGCAAUAUCCAAACAUCAGACUCGAGGAGUACAAUUUAUAAAGUGGGAAGAUAUUACACAACAAGAUGGAAACGAACAAAGGUUAUCUGUUAAGAUUUCGAACCCGAAAAAUGUGGUUAAGGAACAGGUGGAAAUGAUUAAAUCAAGGUUAAGUGGGAUGAAGGAUGGAGAAAUAAGUAUAUCAGCUUAUGAUACUGCAUGGGUUGCACUAGUUGAAGAUAUAAAUGGAGGUGGCUCACCUCAAUUCCCUUCGAGCCUUCGAUGGAUCGUGGAAAAUCAGCUCUCUGACGGUUCUUGGGGUGAUCAACAUAUUUUUUCUGCUCACGAUCGAAUCAUCAAUACUUUGGCCUGUGUUAUUGCAUUGAAAGCUUGGAAUACAUGCCCUUCUAUGCGCGAAAAAGGACUAUUGUUCAUCCAGCAAAAUAUGUGUAAACUGGACGAUGCAAAUACGGUCCAUAUGCCAAUAGGUUUCGAAGUUGUAUUCCCAUCUCUUAUCGAAAUUGCUCGAAGUUUAGACAUAGAUUUUCCUGAUGAAGAUUCCCCUGCCUUGAAAGAUAUAUACGCUAAGAGGAAUCUAAAGCUAACAAGGAUACCAAAAGAAAUGAUGCACGUAGUCCCUACAACACUACUUCAUAGCCUAGAAGGAAUGACAGGCCUAGAUUGGGAAAAGCUUCUCAAGUUGCAGUGCGUUGAUGGAUCAUUUUUGUUUUCUCCAGCAUCCACAGCAUUUGCUCUUAUGCAAACUAAAGAUGAAAAGUGUUUAGAGUAUCUUCAAAAAGCUGUCGAAAAAUUCAACGGAGGAGUUCCAAAUGUGUACCCUGUGGACCUGUUCGAGCAUAUUUGGGUUGUUGAUCGCUUGGAUCGCCUUGGGAUUUCGAGAUACUUCCAAAACGAAAUUAAAGACUGUGUUGACUAUGUCCACAGGUAUUGGACAGAGUAUGGAGUUUGUUGGGCAAGAAACUCUAAGGUUGCUGAUAUAGAUGAUACAGCUAUGGGUUUUAGGAUUCUACGGUUACAUGGGCGCGAUGUUUCUCCUGAUGUUUUCCGGCAUUUUAAGAAAGGAGAUGAAUUCUUUUGCUUCCAUGGACAAUCAACAUCGGCAGUAACGGGAAUGUUUAACUUAUAUCGAGCAUCCCAGGUUAUGUUUCCAGGAGAAACAAUCUUACAACAGGCAAAACAAUAUUCGUCGACAUUUUUACAAAAGAAACAAGCUUCAAAUGAACUUCUUGAUAAAUGGAUAAUUACCAAAGACUUGCCUGGUGAGGUGGGAUACGCCCUCGAAGUUCCGUGGUACGCUAGUCUACCUCGCGUAGAGACAAGAUUUUACAUCGAACAAUAUGGUGGUGACAACGACGUUUGGAUUGGGAAAACACUUUACAGGAUGUCUAAUGUGAAUAACAAUCUGUAUCUUGAACUUGCAAAAUUAGACUUCAAUAAUUGCCAAGCACUACAUCAACUUGAGUUGCAGGAAAUUCUAAAGUGGUACAAUGAGUGCAACCUUGAACUGUUUGACGUAGAGAAAGAAACACUUCUUCAGUCAUAUUUUCUAGCCACUGCGAAUAUAUUCUCAGCAGAGAGGUCGACGGAGAGACUGGCAUGGGCUCAAACUGCUGUACUUAUGAAAGCAGUUUCGUCAUACUUCAAAAAAAUUUCAGUUGCUGAGCAGAAAUCAUUCGCCAACGAAUUUGCCAAUCAUAUCGGCUAUGACAAUAUCAGGAUCAGACAGAAGAGAUUGAGCUCAAUGACAAUGGUUUCGAAGAAGACAACAGUGAAUCAUGAUAUAAAAGAAGAAAAAGAAUUUGGUGAUAAUCACUUCCAUGAAGAACAACAACAACAGCUAAUACAGGCUCUAGUCAGUACCUUGCAUCAUCUUUCACUGGACGUUCUCGUUUCUCAUGGAACAGAUAUACGCCACCAUUUACGAAGCAUUUGGGAGAUAUUUUUGAAGCAAGGCGACGAACAAACUAGACAACGCACAGAAGCAUUCGUCUUGGUGCGCACGAUAACCCUGUGCGCCGGCCAAUCCUCACAACUCUUGGAAAAGAAUGCAAUUUUGUCUAAUACCCACCUCACUAGGCUCGUCUCCCUUACCAACUUUCUUACUCAUGAACUACUAGAAAAUCCAAGUUGUCAUACUCUUCUUGAUCUCGUUCCUCGUUAUCCCAACAACGUCCAUGACAACAAGGUUCAUAACAAGAUGGAAGUAAAUGGAGAAGCUAAGGUAGCUAAAGAAAUGGUGUCAAUAGAAUCAGGAAUGCAAGAACUGGUGAAAUGUGUCCAUCAAAGAUACGACGGGAUUGACUCGGAGAUUAAGCAAGUAUUCCUUAUGGUCGUGAAGAGCUACUAUUAUGUUGCAUAUUGUUCACCGGCGACUAUAGAUCAUCAUAUAGCCAAGGUUAUCUUUGAGAGAGUCGCAUAAUUAUAAUGACCAUUUUUCUUUAACUUUUUUCCCCCCCAAAGAAAAUGUAUACGUUAGCAUGUUUCGGAAAAACUAGUAUUUGGGUUAAUACCUUCGUUUAAUAUAAAGUUCAUCGGGACAUAUUUCUACAAA